AUGGUCAGGCUGUUCGAGGCUACCGGGGACACGGACACAGGCAGUGGUCGGUUCGAGGCUACCGGGGACACGGACACAGACAGUGGUCGGUUCGAGGCUACCGGGGACACGGACACAGACAGUGGUCGGUUCGAGGCUACCGGGGACACGGACACAGACAGUGGUCGGUUCGAGGCUACCGGGGACACGGACACAGACAGUGGUCGGUUCGAGGCUACCGGGGACACGGACACAGACAGUGGUCGGUUCGAGGCUACCGGGGACACGGACACAGACAGUGGUCGGUUCGAGGCUCCCGGGGACACGACACAGACAGUGGUCGCAGGUGAGGACGGACAGCUGUCAGUGACCCGGAUGGAGGAGGAGUUUGUCCAGCUGACCUUCCGGAAGCAGGUGUCCUACAGGAAAGCAAUCGCUAAGUCCGGCCUGCACCACCUGCCCUGCCAGCCCGGGACCUCCCAGAACCGGAGCGACCCGGAGACCUAUAUCCGCAGCACUUUGGACUGGACUGAGUCAGCGCAGUGUGGAGACCACAUCUGGUUUGAGACCAGUGUGUCUGGAGACUACUGCUAUGUGGGAGAGCAACACUGUGUGGCCAGAGCACUGCAGAAGUCUGUGGGCAGAAGGAAGUGUGCUGCGUGUAAGAUCGUGGCCCACACUGUCUGUAUCGGACUUCUGGCCCAGGUCCCCGACUCUAGAGCCUUUCUGUUGGACUCCAGCCGGCCUCCCAAUGACCCCUCCUUUCGGAUCAAUUUCAGGUGUAAACCGUCGUUCAGAGAAUCCGGCUCCAGGAACAUCCGAGAGCCCGGCGGGGUGCGGCACCACUGGGUGCACCGCCGACGGCAGGAAGGCAGAUGUCAACAGUGUGGGAAGGGCUUCCAGCAGAAGUUUGCGUUCCACAGCAGAGACAUCGUGGCCAUCAGCUGCUCCUGGUGCCAGCAGGCGUACCACAACAGGGUGUCCUGCUUCAUGCUGCAGCAAAUUGAGGAGGCGUGUCCAAUAGGAGCUCACGCUGCUCUCAUAGUCCCACCCACAUGGAUCCUUCGAGUCCGGCGCCAUCAGUCGUCCAUGAAGUCGAUUAAGAAGAAGAAGAGAACGUCGCUCAAGAAGAAGAGUAGCAAGAAGGGAUCGGAGGACGGGCGGCAGUGGAGGCCCUUCGUCAUCAGAGCCAUGCCGGCUCCGCUGAUGAAGCCACUGCUCGUGUUCGUUAACCCCAAGAGCGGAGGGAACCAGGUAUUCACACAGGCAGAGACCUGGACACCUCUAUGUGGGAGGAAGGAUGAUGGAAGGUGGAUAGAAGGAUGCCUGGAGCUGUAUCGUAAAGUCCAUAACCUGAGGAUCAUGGCCUGUGGAGGAGACAGCACUGUGGGCUGGAUCCUGUCUUGUCUCGACGAACUGGCGAUAACUCCUCAGCCUCCUGUUGCCGUGUUACCUCUGGGGACGGGGAACGACCUGGCCAGGACCCUCAACUGGGGGGGGGGCUAUACAGACGAGCCUCUGUCUAAGAUCCUCUCCCACGUUGAGGAUGGAGCGGUGGUCCAGCUGGACAGAUGGAAUCUACAGGUUGACCCCAACCCCAGUGCAGGGGCCGAGCCGGAGGAGCAGGAGAAGCUUCUUCUAGACGUCUUCAACAACUACUUCAGUCUGGGCUUUGAUGCCCACGUGACGCUCGAGUUCCACGAGUCCAGAGAAGCCAACCCGGAGAAGUUCAACAGUCGUUUCAGGAAUAAGAUGUUCUAUGCCGGGACAGCCUUCUCAGACUUCCUGAUGAGGACCUCUAAAGACUUGUCUAAGCACAUCAAAGUGGUGUGUGACGGGACAGACCUGACCUCAAAGGUCCAGGACUUGAAGCUGCAGUGCCUGGUCUUCCUCAACAUCCCCAGGUACUGCGCCGGUACCACGCCUUGGGGGACCCCCGGUGAACAUCACGACUUUGAACCUCAACGCCACGAUGACGGAUUCAUCGAGGUCAUCGGGUUCACCAGGACCUCUCUGCAGCCGGUCCCAGAGAGCCUCAGGAUCCGGGUCAACAGGAUCAGCAUGCUGGACUACGAGGCUUUGCACGAUGACAAGGACCAGCUGCGACACGCAUCGGUUCCUCUGGGGCUCAUCGUGGUUCCUGGAGACAGCGACUUGGAGACCUGCAGAGACCACAUCCAGCACCUCCAGGAGGAGGUUCUAAGUGUCCCUCUGUUGGUCCUACAGGAGGAGGCCACCAGGCCCCAGAGUCUUUCCUCUCAGAGGUUCUCUCCACGCUGGUGUUUCCUGGACUCGACCACGGCGGAUCGUUUCUACAGGAUCGACAGAGCUCAGGAACAUCUCAACUACGUCUCAGAAAUCUCCCAGGAGGAGAUCUUCAUCCUGGACCCUGAACUGGUUGUCAUGACAAUAGGCACCUCCCCAUCAGACAUGACGGAUCUGGUUAACUCCGCCUCCAGCCAGGUGAACAGCAGUGCUCUGGUGGUCAUUGGAGAGCUGGUCCGGCCAGCUGCUUCACUAAAGGUCAGCGACCCCUCGUCCCAGUGCACGAGUAUUAAUAACGACAACUCUCUCAUGCUAGAGCUGUUGAUUGAGUGUGUGAAGAAGGAGGACAGGAAGAAGCUGCAGCAGCUGCACCAGCAGGGGGCGCCCCUCACAGCGCUGGACCCCUCGGGCUGCAGCCUGCUGCACCACGCCGUCGCCGCGGGGAGCAAAGAGAUGGUCCGCUACCUCCUGGACAACGCUCCGGCCGACCUGCUGGACGUCAGCGAGACGCUGCAGGGGGAGACGGUGCUCCACCUGGCUGCAUCCCUGUGUCACAGGACCAUCUGCCACUACCUGGUGGAGGCAGGAGCCUCCCUGAUGAAGACAGACCUCCAGGUGGUUUCCAUUAAGCUCAAAAAUUAA